AUGACUAAUUUAUCUUCACAGCAAAACUCAGAUGACAAUCGAAAAGCGGAGCCAAUAACAUUUGAACUUGGAGUACCAAUACAUAUAUCAUGGACUGCAUCCCAAAAUCAUACACGUAGAGAUUGGAUUGGAAUAUAUAAGGUCACUUCCAAUUCAUCUAAAUUAGUUACAAAUGUUUCAAGUAGAGGAAGAUUUGUUUACGUAUCACCUGAGGAAGGGGAAGUUGUUGAUAGUGGUGAAGUGUGGUUUAAAGGUGACCUUUUACCAUGGGAAACAGGUACCUACGAAUUUAGGUAUCAUCAUGAUGACGGAUACGAAGUUAUGACUAUUUCUCAACCGUUUGAAAUUGCAGAUGAUCUUCAUGUCAUUGAACAAUCGGUUCUCACAUUAGUACAAAGAGUCCUUGAUUCUGAUAGUACACAUACUACAAACAAUGAUUAUUCUGAUAGUAAAAUUAGUAAAAUUCCAAAUACUACAAGUGAUGACUACAUACUCAUGAAAGAAAUCCAUGCUAAACAUAUUGUAUAUGGAAUUAAGAUGAUGUUUGGUAUAGAUUUCGCAUGGGAAGUUGUUAGUGUUGAUGGAAAUGUUGGAAGAUUGGCACAACGGGUUUGUAUUUUAUUUAUUCAUUUUUAUUGUUAA